AUGCAACACACAUCACCACCAACAGAACCAGAACCAGAACCAGAACCAGAACCGGAAACAACAACUCCAUCAUCCCAUCAACAAUCAUCGUCAGCUAUUCUCUGGCAAAAUGCCACCCGCUCCAUAACAGUCCUCGACCUGCCGACCUCCAUCGCCCGUGCACAAGACUUCGAUCCAUCAUCCGUCUUGGGCGAAAUUGCUUCAGUCCGCCCGCUGCAACGUCCAUUCCCCUCCAACCAGCCCAGGACGCCAGCCGCUGCCGCUAGGCUCAAUCAACGUCACACCUGCAGCUCUGACGAAUUCUUCCUCCACCAACAUGCGACCUAUCGCCAGGUCCUCUCACGUGCCCUCGACGAAACCACUCGAGCAUUCCCGUCAGGCAGGAAAUGGUGUCGACCCCGGCGAAAUGUGGUAGAUGCUACGAGAGCAGGUCCUUCUUUGACCGAUGCUGACAAUGACGAUCAUCCGAAACGCAAACUUGAUGCUAUAGACGAAUCUACUUCGCCAGAUGAGUUCCGUCCGUUGCCAAGAGCCUCGUCUCCAAUUUUCCCGCUCAAGCUUAUUGAAGAGGAGAUCCACAAUGGUGGAUAUGACAGUGAUGCCAAGCAGUCGCUCAGUAAUGACAGCAGCAUUCAAGACAGAGACUGGUCGGGACAUCGCCUCUCCGUCUGUGAAGAAUGCCUCUCUGAUGAUCGUACCUUCAUGACUAAUUGUAGCCUCACAACCCAACGCAUCCAUUACAGAUCACAGAAUCACGCUUCAUACCCAACAGUAGAGAAAGAAGAUCAUUUCACCUUCCUCAUCCCUCCCAAAUCUUCCUUCUAUCUAGCAGGCUGCACCGCUUCCUCCGCCUUCCACGCAUCCCUCCGUAACCAAUCCCAAAACCAUGACCUCCCGCGUCGAAAAUUCGACUUCGUCCUCCUCGACCCGCCCUGGCCCAACCGCUCCGUCAGACGCAGCCACAAAACUCCCGGGAAAACCUACUCCACUGCCACAACCCUCCCCGAGCUCCGCCGCCUGCUGCUGAAAAUGGACCUUGACGUUUUAAUUGACGAGUCCUGCGUGGUAGCGAUCUGGAUCACGAAUAAGCCCGCGGUCCGCGAACUCGUGUUGGAUUCCGAAAAGGGCCUUUUCGCGGCGUGGGGCGUGGAUCUGGUUGAGGAGUGGUUGUGGUUGAAGACGACGGAGAGCGGCGAACCGGUGAGUGAAUUGGAUGGUGCGUGGCGGAAGCCUUAUGAAGUUCUCCUCCUGGGACGUCGUCGGAAUGGCUACCACGACUUGGGACAGUCGGGAGAAGCACCUUCGCCAUCGGUCGUGUAUCGCACGAUCAUUAGCGUUCCGGAUUUACAUUCCAGAAAGCCGUGUUUGAAGGAGUUGAUCGAGCCCCUGAUGCCCGAUGCGACGAACUAUCGUGCUUUGGAAAUCUUUGCUCGAAACCUGGUGGCGGGGUGGUGGAGCUGGGGGGAUGAGUGUAUCAAGUUCAACUGGGAAGGUUGUUACUCCUCUGGAGACCCGGACAGGGUGAGCUGA